CCGUACAACAGCUCCAAUAUUGCGCUCUUCCAGGUCAACAUUUUGGACGAAAGCGACCGCUCGUGGGUCUUUUUCGGAUGGAACUACUUGGCCGAGUGGGUCGUCGGGCUCCGCGAAGUCGUCUCGUUCCAAGGCGAUGCUGGUACGAUUACCACCAUCUCCAAGCAGUCCAAGCCCAUGACGCUUGCGAUCGACGACGCGGGUAUCCCUACCCGCCUCUCCUUCGUCUGCCAGCAGUGCGUACGCUACGUCACGGGUACGAUCAUGCUCGGCGCAGCCGUCGCCGCCCUCUACGCUCUGUUUGUUUGCCGCGGCGCGUACGAAGGCGCGAAUCUCUUUGCGUUGAAUCGACUCGUCGGGCAUGCGUGGGUCGGCCGCGCGUUGCUUAUUGUGCGGGGCGUGACCGCGCUAUGGCUCCUCAACACGCAGCCGCUCGAGCUCACGGCAGUCGGCGCGGGUGCUCGCUUUGUAGCACCGCCGCUCGCUGUCGUUCCGACGCUUCUCGGCGCGUCUGAGCUCUCGUGGCUCGUGUACAUCAUGAACGACGUCCUUAGCUGCGUCACCCGCCAGUACACGCCGUUUUAUGCGUGGAAGAGCUCGGUCGCCGCAAGCGCCGUUGCGGCGGUGUGGACGUGGGCGGUGCCGCAAGACUACACUGCCUACGUCCGUCGCCGCUGCACGUUUGUGGAUAUGGACCUGGCGCUCACGUGCAUCAGCGGACACGUUGAGCUUGGCCGCGUGAGCCGUAUCUCGAUUGACGUCGCACUCUGCGUGAGCUGCGUCUUGGGGACCGCCGUCGUCGAGCGGCUCCUGCGCCCGACGCUGCCAUCGUCCCGCAUCACAUCGCUUUUUUUGAACGCGACGAGUCUGUACUCGUCGAAUCUGAGCUACUGGGCAAUCGGCGACGAGCAGUACACGGACAGGAUGUCGGCUGCGAUGGGCGGCUUGUUCACAUGGCGCUAUCGCGGAGACAUGCACCUCUUUGACAUUAAGAGCUGGCGGCACUUUGUCGUCGCGCCCGAGACGAUGUGCCCGUUUCCAGCGUCGGCCGUGCUGCCGCUGCAUCGCAUUCGGUGA